CUUUAAUACUUCAUUAACAAAUACUUGUAACAGAGAAUCCCACUGUGCAGUAUUAGUACUUUCGUUUCCUCUUCGUCCUCCAAUCCAACAGGUGUCGCUGCAGGCUCCGAGCGCGAAGUCUCUGCUUUUUUUCCGCUGGCUCUCUUUGUUCGCUCAGAGCCUCGAUGUGCGCAGAGAGGAGGAACAUGUCCGCCGUGAAGCUGUUGCGGGUGUCGGUCCAUGAGCGGAUCAGCGCUGCCGCUGAAGACUUUCUGCUGCAGGUUGAGAGAGGAGGAGGAAAGGCUAAAGUCCCGGCGAUGAGAGCGCUGCUCACUGAGCGGCUCACGGCUGCAGGGGAGGAGAUCCUCGCGGGAAUUGAGGAAAACUUGGCAGAGUACGAGGAACGAGUGGAGCAGUCUGAGCGGGUGAUCCGCCGCCAGAGGAAGCUGCUCGAUGCCGUGAUGCAGCCCGUGGUCCGGCUGCACAGAGCAGUGUGUCCUGCAGAUGUCCAGCAACUGAUGAUGAAUAAAGAAGAGGUUCUCCCUGAGCAGCAGCACUGGAGCCCCCUAGUGGAUCAGGAGGACCCAGAGCCCCCCCACAUUAAAGAAGAACAGGAGGAACCGUGGACCAAUCAGGAUGGACAGCAGCUUCCAGGACUGGAGGAGGCUGAUGUCAAGUUCACAUUGACUCCUGUCGCUGUGAAGAGUGAAGAAGAUGAAGAGAAACUUAAAUCGUCAAAGCUUCAUCCGAGUGAGACGAAGGAGAACAGAGCGGACUGUGGAGCACCGCAACCAGCCAGGAACUCAGGUCCUGAUGGACGUUUACAACCAGGUCCUGAGGACAAGAGUGAAGACUCUUCCGAGACUGAAGGCUGUGUGGAUGAUUGGAUGGGGACAGGGGAAGCUGCGACUGGUCUAAAUCCAAGAAAUAACAAACAGCCUCCAAUCAAAAUGGGAUGUAAGAAUCUAAAUAAACAUAUGAGGAGUCAUGCAGGAGAGAAACGCUUUAGUUGCACUGAUUGUGGUAAAAAAUAUAUCCAAAAGGGGGAUCUAAAUAUACAUAUGAGGAUUCAUACAGGAGAGAAACCGUUUGGUUGCUCUGAGUGUGGUAAACGAUUUAUCCAAAAGGGAGCUCUAAAUCAACAUAUGAGGAUUCAUACAGGAGAGAAACCGUUCAGUUGCGCGAAGUGUGGUAAAAGAUUUAAACAAAAGAGCUAUAUAAAUAUACAUAUGAGGACUCAUACAGGAGAGAAAUCGUUUAGUUGCUCUGAGUGUGGUAAACGAUUUAACCAAACGAGCAGUCUAAAUACACAUAUGAGGAUUCAUAGAGGAGAGAAACCGUUUAGUUGCUCUGAGUGUGGUAAAACAUUUAUCCAAAGGGCCAAUCUAAUUAUACAUAUGAGAAUUCAUACAGGAGAGAGACCGUUUAGUUGCUCUGAGUGUGAUAAACGAUUUAACCAAAAGGGCAGUCUAAAUACACAUAUGAGGAUUCAUACAGGAGAGAAACCGUUUAGUUGCUCUGAGUGUGGUAAAACAUUUAAUGAAAAGGGCAAUCUAAUUAAACAUAUGAGGCAUCAUACAGGAGAGAAACAGUUUAGUUGAUCUGACUGGUAAAAGAUUUCAGAUUCAGUCCUAUUGUACGAGACAUGUGAGGAUUCAUAAAGGAGAGAAGUGAUUCAGUUGCAACCACUGGUAGCCAGUGAAGGGAGCGGAGGAGCGGAGUAGUGUGAUUGAGUUUAGGUUGGUUAAAAACCAGUCGAGCUGCUGCAUUCUGUAUGAGCUGCAAAGGUCGGAUGGCAGUAGCAGGUAGACCUACCAGGAGGGAGUUACAGUUGUCUACUCUAAAUUCAGAGACAGCUGAGAUGUCCCCAAUCUUUAAAAUGUAAGGUAAUUCUUUUUAUAUGCUUGUGUUUGUACUGGGAGGGUUCGGUUCCGUCGAUCAAUCUGUGUGAUACUGGACUCAGUAGAUCACAGAUCUAGAUAAAAAAAGAUGGAUCAUAGCUCAGUGAUUCAAAACAAAUAUAUUUAAUCUAAUGAGCAAUUAGCAGGCAAGUAUCGACAUCACGUGACGGACUUCUUUGUCGCAGUGCGCAAAACGUAUGCCACGCUUCAAAAUGAGCUCGGGCCCGUUCAGUGCUGAUUUGCAGUCCUAGAAAUUGUAGAAAUUGUAAUUUUAAUGUUUAAUUGUUUUUGUUUUCAGAUCAAUUUGAAGUUGGUCUGAUGUAAGCCCUGGUACAAGUACCUCAAAGUAAAAAUGUUGUAUAUGGCCCAAAUGGCCACUUGAUGCAAAAAGGCGGGAUUUCUGUUGUGUUUUUCAUAAUACCCCUUGAGAGUUGUUUGUUUUUCUGGUCAUGAUAGUUUGGUCAAUGUGAACGCGUUCAUGGGGUCUCAUUCUAUUUGAUUUUUUUAUCACAAAAGUUUGAAAUAAGUAUUUACUUGGUGCCGUCUAGUGUGUUUUGUUAGGCACAGCUUCAAGAAGAGUAAAGCUCAGCAAAGUGUUCCUUUUCCAGUGCCUUUGUUGAUGAAAGAAUUCUAUCCCUUAAUUUGUAGUUGCAACUCUAGGGGAAUGAUAAUAAUGAUGAAAUAUCUUAUUUUCAAUACAUCUAUGAAAAGAAACUGAGCAGUGGUGGUGUCUGUUUAACUGAGGAUUAUGUAUCAGUGGUCACAUCAGGUUUGAUUGUCUUAUUUAUUUCAAUAUUUUUCUUUUUCUGGGAUUAAUAUAUUCUUUGAGUCAACGCUAUGUCCAUGAGGUGUCUAUCUCGACGAUUUUGUAGUUUUUGUAAAUCCCUUUUUAAUUUGAAGAAUUUAUUUAUUUAUUACUUUUUAUUCUAAUUGUGUAAAGAUUAAUACAUUAAUUUAUACGUAAAUGUAUAAUUACCAAAGAGAUCAACACACACACAUGCAGACACUUUGAGAUCUGUUGUUGUGAUAAUGAGGUGCACUUACUAAACUGAGUAACUUAACUGAGUCAGACAAUAAUAGUUAUAUAAAGGCUAAAGAAGAAACUUAAAGGGCCCAUAUUUUACAUCUUCCUGGGAUUAAAUUUGAGGUAUUGGUACCCCAAAGAUGAUAUAUCAGUAGUUUAAAGUAAAAAAAAACUGCUUCAAUGUGUAUUUUGAUGUCCUCUCUACUCCCUCUCUCUGGAGCUAUAGACAGAACAGUCUGUGGUAGCUAACAAGCUGAUAGCCUAGCAACAUGAGAAAGGGAGCAAGAUCGCUGGGUUCGGAGGCUGGACUGAUACCGGCUGGGCGGGGCUGAGAGAUGAGUGCGAUCCCGAAUUACCUCAUACGGAGAGGAAGUAUGAAUUGAGACAUUUCGAUAGCAUACCUUAAACAAGGUUCACGUUGUACUAGAGCGUAUUCUGGAGAAUAUGAA